AUGGAUUCGUAUACCGCCACUCACGAGGAGGCCAGACCGCCUGCCGACACAUACAGGCGUCGCUCACCAGGCUCUGGAGACCGCAGGACUGGCAGGCGGCGGUCGCGGUCCCCCCAGAAUAUCGACCGUUACCAACCCGAUCGUGCCCGCGAUUACGAUGGACCCCGACGUGAUGGAAAUCGCCGCCGCUCCUCUCCUCCGCCAGUACAGGCCGGCAUUGACAGAUAUGUGCCUGGGCAAGACAACUUCGCACCGACAUUUACGACAAACCCGGUCCCGAACCCCAUGCAUCUCGAAUAUCAGGUUGGAUUCAACUACUUCGCCGAGUGGUGGCGCGUUGAGCAACUCAUGAAAGAGGAGAAAGAACGCGCUAAGAAUGGCGGUCGUAAGCCCGGUCUCAAAGGCGAGCGCGAAGCCCGUGAGGAGCGCGGCAAAGAACGUGAGCAGAUCCAAGCAGCCUACGAUGAGUACAAGGAGAAGCUGCAGGUGCAGAUGGCCAAGACAUUCGUUGAAAAGCACAAGAAUGAAGAAUGGUUCAAGGAGCGAUAUGACCCAGAGUACGAUUUGGCAUUCAAGGAGAAGCUUCGCCAGUACCGCCAUGGUAUCUACGAGGACUGGGAGCGCCAGAUUGACGAUGGUUACUUUGAUGAAUUCACACUUGAGGGUAUCUACAAGAAUGACUCAAACGGAGCUGGCGGCAUUGUUGAGAAGGAAGAGGGAGAAACAACAGCUGCUAAUGAAGUCUUAGGUGUGGGCGACCUUCUCCCAUGCAAAGGCGGCGAGAUUCGCGACGAGACCGCUUUCCAACCAACGCUGCUCAUCAAGACAAUUGCGCCAACUGUCAACCGCGAGAAAGUCGAGGAGUUUUGCAAGGAGCACUUGGGAGAGGGCCCUGGUGGGUUUAAGUGGCUUAGCAUGAGCGAUCCAAACCCCCUUAAAAAGUGCCACCGCAUCGGCUGGGUCAUUCUCAAUCCAAGCGACGAGCAGCCAAUGAUCAUUGACGAUCGUGGUGACGGACGUGACGUUGAUGACGAAGAAGGCGCCAUGGACGUGAAGCCCGAAGUUACUCAGGGGACACAGAGUACUGCGCACAAGGCUCUCGAAGCGCUCAACGGAAAAACAGUAAACGACGAGGUCAGGGGCAACUUCACCUGCCACGUUGGUAUCCAUGAGCCACCUGCCGCUCCACGCAAGAAAGCACUCUGGGAUCUCUUCUCUGCGCCUGAGAGAAUCGAGCGUGAUCUUGAACUUGCCGAGCGACUAGUCAGGAAGCUCGAUUCUGAACUCAAGGCCGGUCACGAGGAUCAGUUCUCGAAUGUUGACGGCGUUAGUAAAAUCGAGCAGCGGGUCGAGGACCUGCGCGAAAAGGGCUGGCUUCAGCCUCCUGCAAAUGCACCGGCCCCCAUGAAGAAGGAGCGAGACCCAGAAGAAUUGGAAGAAGGUGAAGAUGAAACAAUGGAGGACGAUGAGGGCACCUUUGACGAUGAAGUUGAUGACGAGGAGCUCUUGGUCAAGAAGAAGAAGUUGGAUCUGCUGAUUGAAUACCUGCGCCGGGUGUACAACUUCUGCUUCUUCUGCGUCUUUGAGAGCGACUCUGUCCAUGAGUUGAUUCGCAAGUGCGCUGGAGGACAUCUUCGCCGGCCACGUGCUAGUCUUACUACGGCUGCAAAGGCGACGGCAAAGGCCACAGCUUCCGGAGAACCGUUCCCUUACAGGAAACAAGAAGCGUCAGGCGAGGCUGAGAACGGAGAGAGUGGAAGUCCAGUACAAGAGCGCAAACCUAUGCGUUUGAGCACCAAGAACCAACAGCAACUGCAGCGGGCUUUCAACUGGGUCAAGACAUAUGAAGAAAAGCUCCUUCAGCUGCUUGAGCCUGAAAACGUUGACAUUCGCAAGCUGGGCGGCAAGCCGCUGGAUGAAGCGAUAGAAGAUGAGCUUGCUCGAUAUGUGAAGCAAGAAGACGAGUCUAAGUGGCGAUGCAAAGUUCCAGAGUGCACCAAGCUAUUCAAGGGCGAACAUUUCUGGCGCAAGCACAUUGAGAAGCGUCAUCCUGAGUGGCUUGAGCAACUACAGAAGGACCUGCGCCUUGUGAAUAGCUAUGUUCUCGAUCCUGCACACAUUGCGCCGUCGCGCAGCGAUGCCAAUAGCAACGGCCACUUCCCAAUGGGUAACCAUGUUCAGGCGACUGGAACUCCGCGAGGAUUCAACCUGGCCAACAUGAGCAUGGCGAUGGCGGGAGGCAAUGGAAUGCAGAAUGGAAUGCACAUGGGCGGCAUGUUCAAUCCUGCCAUGGGCGGCACCUGGGACCCUGCUGCUGCUCAUGAUGACCGUGCAGGACCUAUGCGACGGGGCGGCCAUCGCUUCAACAACCGUACAGGGCCUUACGACCGACAGGCUCGUGAUGGACGUAGUCGACCGGCUGUUAACGGCGGCCGUCUGACACCUCCACGCGGUACGCGACCCGGACCUCAACGCUACGGCGAAGGUGGACCUGGACCUGUACAGUCUGUGCAAGGUCGAUCUAUUAAGAGUUACGAGGAUCUAGAUGCGGUUGGCGGAGGCGGCGGCGGAGAGCUCAAUUACUAA